AAAGAAAUGGCGUUUGCCAACCACAGCUUCCAAUUCCAACUACCCCACAACCAUGGAAUCUAUUUUCCACCUCAACUCCGGCGCCACCCCGAUCUUCGUGGCGGCAGUUGCCACCAUCAUACUCUUCUACAUCUUACUCUUUGGGUUCCGGCCGCCUCGCAUCCCUUCCAUAACACGGCCAUCCCUCCCGCCGGGCCCGUCCGGCCUUCCCAUCGUCGGAAACCUUCCCUUCCUGGAAGCCGAACUCCACUCCUUCUUCACCCGCCUCGCUUCCACCUAUGGCCCUAUAUUCCGCCUCCGCCUCGGCUCGAAACUUGCCAUCAUCAUCUCCUCCCCUACACUCGCACGCGAGAUCCUCCACGACCAAGAUCUCGCCUUUGCCAACCACGACGUCCCCGCCGCAGCCCGCGCCAUCACCUACGGUGGGGCUGACAUCCUGUGGACCCCACAUGGCCCCACUUGGCGCAUGCUCCGCCGCAUCUGCGUCCGGGAGCUGCUCAGCCCCACGAGCCUCGCAGCCGUUUACCACCACCGACGGCGCCAGAUACGUUCAGCCAUCCGACGCCUGUACGAGCAUGCGGCGGUCGGGGAUCCGGUCAACGUUGGGGACCAGAUAUUUGUUGCGGUCUUGAACGUGGUGACGAGCAUGCUGUGGGGUGGGACUGUGGAGGUGGAGAACGGUAGUACUGAUGAUCUGCAGGUGGGAAGACAGUUUAGGGAGCUCGUCGGUGAGAUAACACUACUGCUUGGAAAGCCCAACCUGUCGGAUUUUUUCCCUGAAUUAGAAAGGUUUGAUCUGCAAGGGAUAGUGAGAAAGAUGGAUGUUUUGAGGGAGAAGCUUGAUGAAAUUUAUGACAAUAUUAUAGAAAGUAAGAGGAAGGGAUCGAAAGUGAAAGCAGGGGAGGAUUUCUUGGACUAUAUGUUGAAGGCGGAGGAUGAAGGGCUUGAGACCAACACGACCUUCACCAUCACACAUGUCAAAGCUAUGCUCAUGGAAAUUGUUGUAGCUGGAACAGAUACAACUUCAAAUGCAGUGGAAUUUGCCUUGGCUGAAAUGUUAAAUAGAGUUGAGACCAUGAAAAGAGUUCAAGAUGAGCUUGAACAUGUAGUAGGGAAGCAUAACAUUGUUGAAGAACAUCACAUCGACAAACUUCCCUACCUAAAUGCCACAAUCAAAGAGGUGCUCCGCUUGCACCCGACGGUGCCAUUACUAGUUCCCCACCGCCCAAGCUCCACAUGCACCGUCGGCGGUUAUAUGGUACCUGAGGGAAGCAGAGUCUUCAUCAAUGCAUGGGCAAUUCACAGAGAUCCUGCAAUAUGGAAAGAGCCACUAGAAUUCAAGCCUGAGAGAUUCAUGAAUACAAUUCAUGAGAGGAAGUGGGAUGGAAAUGGAAACGACUUCAAUUACUUGCCAUUUGGAUCAGGAAGAAGGAUUUGUGCAGGGAUAGCCAUGGCUGAGAAGAUGCUUGCUUACUGUCUCGCGUCACUGCUGCAUUCCUUUGAUUGGAAAUUAGAGGAGGGAAAGAAGCUUGAUCUCUCUGAGAAGUUUGGUAUUGUUCUCAAGAAGGCUGAGCCAUUGGUUGUAAUUCCUGUAGCCAGGUUGUCAAACCCCGACCUUUAUUAUUAGGUAUUAAUGAUUUAUGUAUGGUCUCUUGAGUGGGUGUUUCAUCAAAUUACAUGAAAUAAUGGCGUUAUGAACUCAUUUACAUGAGUAAAUAUAUAUAUAUAUAUAAAGGUUUUAGUAGUUUAAUAAUGUA